ACAAUUGUGUUUUUAUUGCAUUUGCUUAGAUAUUUCUAAAAUUUUCACAUUAUUUAUUUUCCAUCAAAAUUUGCAAAAAUUCUACGUAAAAUCAAAUUAACCCUAGAGCACCGCAAAAGGAAAUCAAAACACAAACAACUAACAUUAGCUGGGAGUACAUCAACACUAACAACGUUUAGCAAAACUGAAGUGAUUACAACCACAAACGAAUUGUCAAACGAGAAUAUUCAUCCUCCCAACAUGGAUACCAAUAUAAACCGUGUGCUAAAUCAAACCUUGCGUCAUCCAUUGCAUGGACUGCUAUUCAAAUACACCAAUGUAAUGAAAGGUUGGCAAUAUCGCUGGUUCACGGUGGAUUCACAGACCGGUACACUGAGCUAUUAUUUGUGUGACUCUUCUUCGACUGGUGAUGAAUCAGCACCAUCGGCACAGGUGCUAGCUGGCGCCCCACGCGGACAAGUACAUUUGGCAGGCGCCGUAGUUUGUCCUAGUGACGAAGAUUCGCGCACCUUCUCUAUCGGCUGUGCCUCUGGCGAUACAUUGAAACUACGUGCAGCUGACGCACGUUCACGACAAGAAUGGGUUGAUGGAUUGCGAGCAGUCGUGGAGAGUCAUACGAAAGCUAUGGAUAUAAGUAAUUCAUCAACACUGCCACCGCGAGAGCUGUUGGCCGCUUCGGAUGCAAUGGUAUCAGCGAGACAAGCGCUCUACCUAACCGAACAAUGCAAUGCCGCAUUAGCGCGUUCAAUCGAGAAUAUUGAAUGUGCGACGUUUUCGCCGACAGACCCGGAUUUACUUUUGCUGAAAGCCAUUUCGACAGCCAGUACACAAUGUUUGCAUCAGUGUUUGAGCCUAUUGCAACGACAUGAAGAGACUCACAGCACUAGCAUAGAAUCUGCGGGUGUUUACUAAGCGAGCAAUAAUAAUAUUAUUGUUAACACGAUUGUCGAUACAUACACACAUACAUACAUACAUCUAAAGCUGUAUAUUGUAUAAUCAGCUCUUUUCCAUUUCAAAUGGUUAUAAAUUUACGUUAUCAUUAAGCGUUAAUACAGCUAUAUAUAAUAUACAAAUAUGACAUACAUAUAUAUCACAUUGCAAUAUAUUGCAUUAAAUAAUAGUUAUAUAAUCAUAUACAUUUAGGCACUAAAACAUUCAAAGAAAUUAAAUAAACGCACACUUAUUAAGCCAAAAAUUGUAACAAAAACCAUGGUUUGUAUUUUAACGUCGUGCGUGUGCUUUACAGUUAUUUUCGAAAAUAGUACUUUCUUAUUUCAGCAAUAUUUUUACCGAUACAACAACAACAAUAAGAACUUACUGUUUUCGCAACCCGAAAAUUAAAACACAAUUUUCAUUUUCCAUCCUUUGUAUAUUUUACUGAAUAAAAUAAAGUUACUACGUUACUUAGCUGCAAUUACAGUUAUAAUUAUAAUACCAUCAUUUAAUCGUUCAUCGUUCGCACAUAAUUAACUUAGAGUUUAUACUUGUGUUAUUAAACUAAUUGUUUCCUUUGCAUACCACUUCUGUUGCCCACUUACAUAAAGGCCGCAUCAUACAUUUAAGAAUCUUCCUUUGCUGCACAGCUGUGGUUAAUGGGUAUUCGAGAAAAAUUAAAAAAAAAAACAUGCACUUUGUUGAUUUGUUUUUUCUGGAGUAAACACUACAUUUUUGGUUUGAGUUUUGCUUACACAUGCAUACAUACAUAUAAAUACAGUUAAUAUUUUAUAUACGGCAAGAAAACAUAUUGUGUGUGUGUGCGUUUUAAUACCGCUUAAAUUCAUGGAACAUAUUACAGAUUUUACAUUAUAUUUUGCAGUACUUGGGCUUCCAUUUGACGGAUGUUGUGACUUUGAAUUGUUUUACAACUUUUGUUGUCGAAGUUCGUAAUUACAUAGGGGAGUUGAGUGUGUGCGGAAACAUAUACAUAUAUAUUUUUUUUUUGGGUCGGCAAUGAAGUGUAGUAUUACUUUGGACCAAAGUGGGUUACCAAUAAAUUACUUUAUUAUUUUUAGGUUGCAACAUAAGCAUUUACACACUUAAGCUUGUGGUAGACAAGUGGUUACUUAAUAUAAUGUCGCUGUGAUGGUUGCUGAAGACUUAUGCUUCUUAGGUUAUGUCUUAUGCUGCUUUACGUUAUUUUUUAAAUGUGUCUAUUGUUGAUUUUGUUUUGUGUUUUUUGCUUACUUUCGGUAACAAAAUUUAUUUAGAGUUCCGUUUGUUCUAUUUCCUUUAUUUUUCCCCAUUGGUUUUUCCACAGUACACAGUAAACCAGCCGUUGGCAGUAUGCUUAUUUGACAAUGUAUACAUGAACGGGUUUGGUAGUUUUCUCUCAUUAACCGAUACAACGCAGUUUGUUUAAAAAACAAAAACAUUGUGCUUUGUAAAUUUGACUCUUAGAAUUAUUAUAAGAUUUCAAAUAAAACUAACCAAGAAUUAUU